UGUCAAUAACUUGUCUUCUCAUCCAAACCUGUCAACAAUAAUCUUAUCCCGUUACACAUUUUUUCCGAAUAGUAUUAGAAAAUGUAUAGUUCGUAAGAUUUUUGUGCAAUAUUAUCAAUACAUGAAUAAAAAUGGCCCUAACUUAUAGGGCCUUAUUUAAAAAUUAUUAUUACUUGCAAAAUAUAACCAAACCGGUAAAAUGGAGUGUCGGAGAGAAAUAUCCAGUAAGAAGUAUGGCAAUUGGCCCCUGUUAUCAUAAUGAAUACAAUCCAAGACCCUUGCUUGAGACAAAGGAUUUAACAAUACAAGCUACAAGCUUAAGACUAUAUUCCACUCAAGACAAAACUCCAUCAGAUGGGGAACCAACAAAAGUGAAAGUAGGUCUUAUACAAAAAUUUAAAGUAAUGUACAGGGAUUAUUGGUAUGUGCUAAUACCUGUUCAUGUGGCUACGUCUAUUAUUUGGUUUGGAAGUUUUUACUAUGUUGUUAGAAGUGGUGUUGAUGUGUUAGCUAUAUUAAAAACAUUGGGUGUCAGUGAAACCAUAAUUGUUCCCCUAAGAGACUCUGCUGCAGGAUAUUUUGCCCUCGCAUUAGCAUUGUACAAAUUGGCAACACCUUUGCGGUAUACUGUAACAGUAGGAGGGACAACAGUUGCCAUUAAAAAAUUAAAAGAAUUGGGUUUCAUCAAACCAGUCCCUUCACGAGAAAGGAUAAAAGAAAUUUUUCAAGAAAAGAAAGAUACACUCCAAGAUCGUUUCAAUGAGAGUAAAACCCAUUAUCAAACGCAAAUGAAAGAAAGACGCACUCAAGUCCUGCAGGAAAUGAAACGUUAUAAAACUGAAAUGAGGAAUAUGAAGAAAAACAAGGUGAAGAAACUGUAAAACUUAAAAAUUCCAUAAAAAUAACUAACUUUAACUAAUUAAUGCAAGAAUGUCAUGAAAAUGUUAUUUAGUAAUAAUUGACCAACAUGAAGUAUGAAUUGAGAAACUACCAUAAAAUGGAUAAGUACUAGAAUAUUAAUAACUAAUUAAAAUUAUAAUGCAGUUAUAAAUUUUGUAAUAUUUAUUACUUAUUUAAUUAUAAAAAUAACUACAUAACAAAAUCAUGUUUAUUUCAUAUAAAAUAGCUAGUUACAAAUAAUAAUCACAUCAUUUUUCAUCAAAAUGUACAUAUAAAAUGGUUUAACCUAAUUAUAUUAAGUACAAAACAAGACAGCACAUUACUGGAAUGUUUUAUUGCGCCUCUCAUCCUAAAAUAUUUCUAAAAUUGUGACCAAAAACAAUUAUAUGCUCAUAAACAGUACAGAGCCUAUUCUGUUUAACCAUUAUAUAUUUAAUAUUUAGUACUAUACACACCAACCAGGAGUGCUGUCCAGUCUAGUGUGUAAAAAUAAUAAAUGCAUUUCACAUCAAUGGCAAAUCAACUAGCAGUAGCAGCCAUAAUACUUGGGGGUUUAACAUCUAUUUCUAGUACAUAGAAAUACAGCGUCAAAUUCAUUAACAAUUUAAAACCAAUUCCAUCAUCAGUUUUAUCAUUUCACAUAAUAAAAAUCAAUUCCCAUAAUCACUGAAGAUGUAUCAGUUAAAACAUUGGAUAUCACAAAUUAUAAUAGGCAAACUUUCUUGGCUAAAACAAAUCACAAUUAUCAUUAUUAACUUUAUUUAUUCUAUUUGCUGCUAUGAAAUACAGUUGCUAAUCAAAUAUAUUCAUACAUUUUACUAACAUUUAAAAUACCUAAGCAGAAUUGUUGUUCUCCUCAUUCUAUAUGCUUAUCAAUAGAUAGGUUUCGAUAUCGUGACAUUUACAUAGAAUCACAUUAUCUUGAAUUAUUAUUCUUAUAAAUAUUAACAACACAGUUUUAAUGUUUUGCUUGAUCCUCAUAACUUAAGUUACAGAUAUUAAAGCUAAUUACGAUAAAUGCUAAUAGGUGCAACAUUAGCUAUACAAAAUUAUUUUUGAGCACAUAAUUUGAUAAUAGAAAUAUUAGCCUGCCAACUAUUUAUUCUGUUGUAAUAUAAUUGUUUUAACACUAGACGCAGCCAAAAGAGUGAAGUUCAACCCAUGUACUGGUAUGAAGCGGGGGAGAGAUGAGGCGCUGGCGAGAGGCCUGGUCCCGUCGCCGCUCCGAUCGUGGCCAAAUGACAAGCGCGACACAUUAAUUUACCUGAAAUAGUUUCAUCAUCAUAAUAUAAUAUUUUUAUAAUCAAAAUUAUUGUGGAAAAAGAUUGUCUAAAAGAAAUACAAAAUUGA